GUGUGUGUUCUGUGUGUGUGUGUGUGUGUGUACUGUGUAUAUGUGUAUGUGUAUGUGUAGAUGCAGAUGCAGAUGCAGAUGCAGAUGCAGAUCGAUAUCGUGGGAGAGGGGGAAUAAUAAGAUGCAGCUGUCUCGCAAGACACUUUUGAUCAUGACCUACCUGGUGUGCGCGAUGGCAUGGCGUGAAAUGGAUAAUAUGGACGGAUGGGAUGGGAUGGGAUGAUAUGAAAUGGAUAAUCGGGGCCAGCUGCACAGCCUCCGUUACCACUUAUUCCGAUUAUUAUUGCAGCGCACUCACUCUCGCACACCUUCAAAUGCAUCUUCAUAUUCCCAUUCCCUACGACUUCCAACCAAGCUGUGACCUCCACCACUCUCAUCCUCUCACCCUCUCAUCCACCUUUCCACCUUUCCACCUUUCCACCUCCGACCUACUAGGGAUACUGGGCAUCAUCAUCUCAACUCUCUUCUUCCUGCGCUCCCUCUCCCUCUCCCUCUGAAGAUCAUUGGUGAAUCCAACCACAAUCCACAAACAUCCAUCCAUCCAAACCAACAAUCCUUCCACACAUACAUUCCCUACCAGACCACGCAUUUACAACGCCGCAGUCCAAAAGAUCCGCGCUCACUGCAUUCCACUAUCUUUUCCCUUGACCUUUUGGUAUUCCUUGUCGUUUACUUUACUUUACACCUUUCGUUUCUUACCACACACUCACUCUUGUUUGUUCUCUCUGCCGUUUCCUCUCGUCCAAUUGUCCUCGAAGCCUUCUCCCCCUCCCCCUCCCCCUGGCGUCCUCGACCGUUUUCGACUUUUCCAAAACUUCUUCUUCAUGCACUGGUCUGCUACCUAGAUUUCCGUUUUCCCUUUAGGCAAAUCCAACUAUUCACAAAUUGUCGCAACGUCGCACACUCAUCCAUCGACCUUUUACCGUUUGUACAGAAAAAGCGAUUCGAUUACCUUUGAUACCCGUUGGAGCGAGCGAUACAGUCACCAUUCAGAUUUAGAAUAAAUCAAUUCCUUUUCACUAAGAUACCCACCCUUUGUACACGCCGGUCUUCAAAAUUCGGCCCAUAGAUUGAUCUCUUGUUGGACCCUGAAACCCACAGUCGCCAUUGCCUCACUUUCUUUUCGCUGUGAUCCAUCCACAAAUUUACACACCCUUUCCCAUUACCACAACGACUACAUAUUAUAAAGAUACCGAAGGAUAGAGAUACACUAGGAUUAUUGGGGACACUUGGAAAUCGACAAGACAUAAAAACAUACAACCUGAGCUGGCGACGACGGUGCUCGAGUUGUCGAGCUGUUGAACAGUCGAUCGACAACCACCGCAGUUAUGUUCAUCAACACAACAUGCAAUGCGACGCUGGAUGAUAUGCGAAUUGGGAAGUCGGAAGAAGUGUUGGUAGGAAAUCUCACAUUCCAUGAUUUGGGCAUAGUAAUUUCCGCGGCGACGGCCUUGAUCGCCAUCCUUCUCUCGCUAUAUCUCAUGUGGAUGCAUGCCAUGCAUUAUACAAAACCCUAUGAGCAACGACACAUCAUCCGCAUCCUUUUCAUGGUUCCGAUUUAUUCAUUGGCGUCGUUCCUUAGUUUUUGGCAAUAUUGGCAUGAGAUAUAUUAUAGUGUGAUAUCAGAGUGUUAUGAAGCAUUCGCCAUCGCGUCUUUCUUUGCCCUCUUGUGUCACUAUAUUGCUCCGGAUCUUCACAACCAAAAGAUUUACUUUCGAACGGCCGUUCCGAAGCCAUGGGUUUGGCCUGUCACUUGGAUGAGGAAAUGUUGUGGUGGUGAUAAUGGUCCUUGGAGAACACCAAGAAGUGGUUUGACAUGGUUCAACAUUGUAUGGGUUGGUGUCUAUCAAUAUUGUUUUAUUCGGGUCACCAUGACCGUUUUAGCGGUUGUCACUGAAUAUUUUGGCAAAUAUUGUGAUUCUUCGGAUUCUCCAGUAUUUGCUCAUAUCUGGAUUCUGGUCAUUGAAGGUGCCGCAGUAACAAUCGCCAUGUUUUGCCUUAUUCAAUUCUACAUUCAACUACGUACUGAUCUUGCUCCACAUAAACCUUUCCUUAAAGUCAUGGCUAUCAAAGCAGUCAUCUUUCUAUCAUUCUGGCAAAGCUUUGUCAUUAGUAUUCUGAUGUCAUCUACCUUGGGCAUUGUCUCGCCAACCAAAUAUCUAGCAUAUCCUGAUCUGAAGAUUGGCAUCCCUAAUAUGUUACUCUGUAUCGAAAUGGCCAUCUUCUCGGUUUUGCAUUUGUUCGCAUUUCCUUGGAGACCGUAUGCUUCAGACGCGACACCCGUUAAAUACCCAAGUGCAUCCAGUGAUCAUUUAGAGCCUAUUGGUCCUAAGCAAGGCGGUCCUCUCGGAAUAAUGGCUUUCGUUGACGCUAUGAACCCAUGGGAUUUAGUCAAGGCAUUUGCUCGAAGUAUGCGUUGGUUGUUCGUAGGUGUCAAACAUCGAGAGGCCGACUCUUCUUACAAACCAGCCACUUUCAAUCACGAAAAUGACAUGUCUCUUCAAUCUACAAACUCGGAACCAGAUACAUCAUACAAAGGACGAGAUGAUGGUUUACCGAUUGCCAACGAGUAUAGACAGAAUACCUUCAGUAACAGUAAAGGAGCUAUGGAAGGUGAGGAAGGAGUGGGUCUAAUUGAUAACGCACAACCUAACCCUACAAACCUCAACCAUUCAGGCUAUAUUCCAGCAGCUCAACGUUAUAACUCCGAAGGAUUGGAAAUUACCACGAAUGGUGCGCGAUACAACAACCCGGAUCGCCUGAUUACAAAUAAUCCAAGUCCCGGUUCAAUGCGGAGGCAGGAGAAUCCUAUUGGAAUUGCAGUAACUGGGGAACCAGAACCAUACUUGACUCAGGUAGCACAAACACCAUAUGUUACACGUCCGGUAUCACCAUACAGCGUACGACAACUAUCAGAGCCGGAAAGAUUUCUCGAACAAAAACGAGCUCAACGAGCUGCAGAAAGAGCUGCACGAGAUCAAGCUGAUCAAGAAGCACGUGAGCGAAGUUUAGCGCCAUCAGAACAAUGGGCUAAUUCAAGACGGCCCAUACACCCAAAUGAGCCACCGAGCCAUAUUCAUAACGCAUUAUGGGGACAACAAACGCAAUCACCCCCGAACACGGAUAGAUAUUGAUAGGGAAAGAUUCACGGCCUAUUGUACAAAACUUUUUUAACAAACCAAUUCGAUAUGCGUCUCAUCCAAAAUUGGGAAGCUUCAAUGGACGCUUAUUGCAUGUAACACUGGGAAUGGGAAUAAACUUUCAUGGAAAGGGCGUUAGGCGUAGUUUUUUUGAUGAGGGUAAAUUAUGAUUUGAUGCGCUUGCGCCAAUAUACAUUCGUGUGGCAUCUGCCUGGCUUUUUUUUUUUUGUUUUUUUGAAGGGGUUGGGUAGGCUGGUUGUGUAUGGUGGCUGUAUAAUCAGCGACAACGCAAAGUUCAUUUGUUAUUUGUGAAUAGGAAUGGCUCCAAAGGCUCAGGGGGGUAUUGGAAUAUGGUAAUUAUUGAGCUGGAUUCAUGUGGAAUGCCAGGUUAGGCGUUUUCGAGAUUGAAAAUGUUACUUUGGGUUCAUACCAAUUUGUAACAUGUCAACUCGCGGGGUGGGAAAUAAACAUGGUGGGAAGGGAAUUUGAAACUGUGUGAUAGUUAAAUAGUAAACUGUUUGAGGAACUUUAUAAAUGAUGCA